AAGAUUCCCCCAUUGAUCUUGUCACAUAAUAGAUCACAUCAAAUUUGUCCUAUUUCAAUCCGAUAGGAUCCAUUACCGUACCAAUUAGAGUGAAUCAAUUACUAUGCUUUGACUGGGAUGAUAACACCAAAUUUGACUAUUCAUAAGUGACAAUCCUGUAAUUCUAUUCAUUUCUAGCCCCAUUUUGAUUUCCCAAAACCAACGUUAUUAUAAGCGCGCUCACUCUCUUCCGCUAACUAAAUUUCAUAUCCAGCUUGCACUAGGUCCCCGCAAAAACUCAACCGAAGAAACGGGCUGGAACUAUCUAAAAUGCCUAAAUUACCCUUCCCAUAUCCAGUGCUACUACUCACUCUCCUUCUAAUCUCUGUACCCUUCCAAGUAAUUUCUCAAAUUCCAAACACAGAAGAACAAACCGUCCUCCUCAACCUCAAGCAACAACUGGGCAAUCCACCAUCUCUUACGUCCUGGAACGCCACGUCAUCACCUUGUGACUGGCCGGGUAUCACCUGCACCGAUAACUCGGUCACCGGAGUUUCGCUCAAGAACAAAAUUAUCACCAAAGAAAUCCCACCAACAAUAUGCAACCUGAAAAACUUAACCUCCCUGGACGUUUCCUACAACAACAUCCCCGGAGGGUUUCCCGAUAUCCUGAACUGCACGAGACUACAGAUCCUGGACCUGUCUCAGAAUUUCUUCGUGGGUCCGAUACUGAGCAAUAUCGACCGACUUUCGGCUCUCAGAUUCUUCAAUGUUGGGGCCAACAACUUUUCCGGCGAUAUUCCUUCCAGUAUAGGCCGCUUGUCGGAGUUGCAGACGCUGUAUCUUUAUCAAAAUCAGUUCAAUGGCACGUUUCCGAAAGAAAUUGGAGACUUAUCCAAUCUAGAAGUCCUGGGUAUGGCGUAUAAUGAAAAGUUUGUGCCUGCAAGUAUUCCAGUCGAAUUCGGGAAGUUAAAGAAGUUGAAGACUUUGUGGAUUGCUGCUGCAAACUUGAUGGGCGAAAUCCCGGAGUCUCUCACCAAUCUCACGAGUCUUGAAAUCCUGUCUUUGUCCUUAAACAGUCUGACGGGUCCUAUUCCUGGUGGGUUGUUUUCGUUGAAGAACUUAACAUCCUUGUAUCUCUUCAGUAAUAGACUAUCUGGGAAGCUGGCAAAUUCGUUUGAAGGUCGAAAUUUGGUUGAGCUUGAUCUUUCUACGAAUAAUUUGACCGGUUCCAUACCAGAUGACUUUGGGAAGUUGCAGUAUUUGCAACUGUUUAAUCUCUUUUCAAAUCAGUUUUCUGGGCAGUUGCCUGCAAGUAUAGGCCUAAUGCCUUCACUGACAGGUUUUCGUGUAUUUAAAAACAAUUUGAGUGGAGUAUUGCCACCAGAACUAGGCCUUCAUUCAAAGCUUCAAGCAUUUGAGGUGUCUUUUAAUCAAUUCAGUGGUCAACUGCCUCAAAAUUUAUGUGCUGCAGGUGUUUUGACAGGAGUUGUUGCUUUCUCUAACAAUCUUAGUGGAGAGGUGCCAGAAUCGCUUGGAAAUUGUAGCACUUUGCGAACAGUCCAGCUUUAUGACAACCAGUUCUCCAGUGAGCUUCCUCCGGGCAUUUGGACAACUUUCAGUCUGUCAAGCUUGAUACUGAACAGCAAUGCUUUUUCAGGUGAAUUACCGAGCGAAUUGGCACGGAAUUUGACAAGAUUGGAAAUCAGUAACAACAGAUUUUCAGGUCAAAUUCCUGCUGGCGUUGCUUCCUGGAAAAAUAUGGUUGUUUUUAAGGCAAGCAACAAUCUCUUCUCAGGCGAAAUUCCGGUUGAGCUGACUAGUCUUUCUCAGCUUACUACUCUACUGCUUGAUGGUAAUCAACUUUCAAGUACACUGCCUUCCCAUAUAAUCUCCUGGCAGACACUUACUACUUUGAAUCUUUCCAGAAAUGAACUUUCAGGUGAAAUUCCUGCAGCAUGGGGAUCUUUGCCUGACUUGCUUUAUUUAGAUCUAUCAGGGAACCAAUUUUCAGGUGGAAUCCCACCUGAAUUGGGUAACUUGAGGCUUCCCCUUCUAAACCUGUCCUCCAACAAACUCUCAGGAAUGAUCCCCCAGGAGCUCAAUAACCUUGCAUAUGAAGACAGUUUCUUAAACAACUCCAAUCUUUGUGUUGAUACUCCAGUUCUAAAUUUUCCAAGUUGUAACACCAAUAUACGGGCCUCUGGCCAAAUUUCGCCCAAAUACCUAGCUAUGGCUUUAACUCUGGCAUUCUUUGUUCUCUUGGUUGCUAUUUUAUUGGGUUUGUUUGUGGUCAGAGACUUCCAAAAUAAAAAGCGAAAGCAAGAUCUUGCAACAUGGAAGCUCACCUCAUUCCAUAGACUGGGUUUCACAGAAGCAAACAUUUUGUCAAAUCUGACAGAAAGUAAUGUGAUUGGAAGUGGGGGCUCAGGAAAGGUGUACCGAAUUUCCAUUAACCAUUCGGGUGAAUUUGUUGCCGUUAAAAGGAUCUGGAACAGCAGAAAACUGGAUGAAAAGCUGGAAAAAGAGUUUAUUGCUGAAAUUGAAAUAUUGGGCAGAAUUAGGCAUUCAAAUAUAGUUAAGUUGUGGUGCUGUAUUUCAAGUGAGAAUAAAAAGCUUCUUGUGUAUGAGUACAUGGAGAACCAAAGCCUGGAUAGAUGGCUUCAUGCAUCCAAGAGAAGUUCCAUAUCAUCAGGGACAAAUUCGGUCCAUCAUGUUGCUCUGGAUUGGCCAACAAGACUGCAGAUUGCCAUUGGAGCUGCACAAGGUCUAUGCUAUAUGCACCACGACUGCUCUCCACAGAUUAUUCACCGAGACGUAAAGUCUAGCAAUAUUUUGUUAGACUCUGAAUUCAAAGCAAAAAUUGCAGAUUUUGGACUGGCUAAGAUGUUGGCUAAGCAAGGAGAGCCUCACACAAUGUCUGCAGUUGCUGGCUCUUUUGGUUAUCUUGCUCCAGAGUAUGCUUACACAACAAAAGUGAAUGAGAAGAUUGAUAUUUACAGCUUUGGAGUUGUCCUCCUGGAGUUGGUGACAGGAAAAGAACCUAACAAAGGAGAUGAGUAUUCAAACCUUGCAGAAUGGGCAUGGAGACAUUAUGCAGAAGAAAAGCCUAUCAUGGAGGUUUUUGACCCAGAGAUAAAUGAAGCAGAUUGCCUGGAACAAAUGACCACUGUAUACAAACUUGGACUUAUCUGUACAAGCACCUCACCAAACGAUAGGCCUUCGAUGAAAGACGUUUUGGAGAUUCUUCGUCGCUGUGAUCCUACGGAAAAUUCUCGAGGGAGAAAGACAGAAAGUAAGGUUGAUACUGCUCCUCUUCUUGGCACUGCUAACUAUCUUUACGGUUACAAGCGCAGUAAGAAGGUAACAGAUGGCGAAGGAAAUGAGAGUCUUGUAUAAAUUGCCAUAAGAUUUUGAAUGUUGCUUUAGAAUGAGUCCUGUUAUGGCUUCCAGUUUGUGUUCUAUAUAUAUAUAUUUCUUGUUAAUGCAUCUGUAGAUCUCAAUUUUUGACUUCA